AUGAUUCAGACUCCCGUUUACACAGCACUGUGUUGUUUGCUUGUCCUAGUUGCUGCUCGCCUGCUCGGCAAGCGGUCCUCCCACUUGCCUAUGCCUCCUGGACCGCGAGGGCUUCCUGUACUUGGAAAUGCUCUUCAAAUGCCCCGCGAACGGGAGUGGAUUACCUUCGCCAAGUGGGCGAAGACAUAUGGCGACAUCAUGCAUCUCUCCGUCUUUGGUAGGCAUAUCAUCGUAUUGAGCUCCCCAGACGUGAUCCUCGACCUGCUGGAGAAGAGGAGUACUAUAUACUCUGAUCGGCCAUUUUUUACGAUGGCGAGCGAAUUUAUCGGGUUUGACAAGUUCGUUGUAAUGGAGCCAUACGGAAACCGUCUGAGAGAAGGUCGCAAGCUCAUCCAAGGAAACAUUAACGCACGAAGCGCGUCAAGGCUGCAGCAGGUGCAAAUCUCGAAAGUGUCACAACUCUUGCCCAGAAUCUUGAGGGAUAACUCCAAUCUACGUAUGCAUAUCAGAUGGUAUGUCGCCGCGGUUAUCUUCCAGGUUUCCCAUGGCCGCACUAUCGACAAUUUUGACGACCCCUUUGUCCGACUUGCCGAAGCAUCUACGGAAGACUUCGCGCGAUCCGUUCGACCGGGCGCAUAUCUCGUGGACAACUUUCCAUUCUUAAAAUAUGUCCCCGAUUGGGUACCGGGCACGGGAUGGAAAGCAGUAGCAAAGCAGCGGAAACAUACCUUGGCUCGCCUUCGAGAUGAGCCUUUCGAGUAUGUCAAACAACAGCUGGCUCAGGGGACGGCACCACCAUCAGUGACAGCAUCCGUCAUAGAAAGUAACCCUAAACCCAAUGCCGACGACGCGGAGCUCCAGAGGACCUCAACGGCUAUCCUCUAUGCUUCUGCCGCUGAUACAACAGUCUCUGCUUUAGAGUCGUUCUUUCUGAUAAUGGGACUCUAUCCGGAAGUCCAGAAAAAAGCUCAAGCCGAGCUCGACACCGUCGUCGAGGCUGGCAAGCUCCCCGAUUACAAUGAUAGGCCGAAUCUGCCCUAUGUCAAUGCCCUGAUCAAGGAGAUCUUACGGUGGAAUCCAGUAUUGCCACUGGCACUACCACAUAGUUUGAUGCAAGAUGACGAAUACAGAGGCUAUCACAUUCCGAAAGGUUCUACCAUAUUUGCCAACAGUUGGGCUGUGAUGCACGAUCCUUCCCUUUACCCGGAUCCUUUCGAGGUCAGGCCGGAGCGGUACCUGAGCCCUAGUGCUGCUCUCAAUCCAGACCCGCGGACUUUUGCAUUUGGCUAUGGGAGACGCGCCUGCCCUGGGCAAAUUCUGGCUGAAGACUCCCUUUUCAUUAUCGUAGUCCGUGUCCUUUCGACCAUGACUAUCGAGAGAGCUCUGGGUACAAACAAUCUCCCCGUCGAAUACACCUCAGGUGCUAUCAGCCACCCCACGACAAUGGACUGCAAAGUCACCGCCCGGUCCACAGAUGCUGAGAAGCUGAUUCUAGGGGUCGAAUAG